CCGCACGAUCAAAGCCCAGAAGGAAGAAAUAAAACGACUGAAAGCAGAAAUGGCAAAGCUAAGGCGAAAAAACAAAACACUUCCCAUGGAUACAGAAAUACAGGCAAGUGGUACAUGCACUCAUGCUGGUGUUCCUGCAUCCCCGGCAACUAAAGCUGAGCAACUUGUCAAAACAGGGGAUAAAGACGAGAUAAAAAAGCAGCUGACCUUUGGAUUUGUUGUCCAAAGUGGAAUCAAGAAUAACAGAAAUGAAGGUAACUCCAGGAGUAGGAAAAAGAAGAAUGUUAUUGUUGACUGUGCAAAGAAACUCUUGAAAAAGUAUCGCAUGAUUGAAAAGGCGGAAAAGGAACUGUCAGUGUCAAGGCGACAGCUCCGAAAAAGAAGAAAUGAAAUCAAUGAAUCAUUACAUUUGAAUGAGGGACACCUCAAACCCCCUUCUGCCAUCACUAAACUGGUCAUUGAUUUUUUCCAUAGGGAUGAUGUUAGUAGGCCUGCAUCUGGCAAAAGGGAAACAAUUACACUAAAGAAGGAGAAAAGACAAAAGCGCUACCAGUGUGACACGCUGAAAAACUUGAGGUUUAAGUUUCUUGCAGAAAACCCGAAUCUCUGCAUUUCGUACACAUCUUUCACAAGGCUACGGCCUUUUUAUGUGGUACCUCCAAAUUUGAAAGCAAGGAAUACCACAGCUUGUAAAUUGCAUGCAAACUGCGAGCUGCUAGCCAACAAGCUCUGGCAGUUGAAAAUUCUGAAAACUGACAACAUCCAUGACAUUGUCGAAUCUAUUGUCUGUUCUCCUUCUGAGCUCAAAUGCAUGUAUUUGAAAUGUGAAAGCUGUAAAGAUGGAAUGAGGAACAUCUACACUGACCUAGUACCUCAGUCAUUUCCUGAUCCCAUUGAUUAUUAUCAAUGGCAAAGCAAGACAGAAAUACGAUCCACCACCAAGGGUCAGGAAAUCAGUGUGAAUGUUCACUGUAAGGAUUUGCUGCAUGAUACUGUUAAAAAUGUAUGUGAUUUAUUUGAAACGAAGCUCAAGGAACUCAUGCCUCAUCAGUUUAGGGUGCACCACCAGUACAGUCAGAUCAGGAAUCUCAGAAGUUCAAUUACACCUGAUGAGUGUGUGCUUCAGGUUGAUUUCUCUGAAAAUUAUGAAUGUAAACUGUCGAAGGAAAUAAUGAGCAUGCACUUUGGUGCUUCAAAAAGACAAAUUUCAUUGCAUACCUGUCAUGUAGCAUUUCAUAAUUCAGUCAAGUGUUAUUGUACACUGAGUUCUGACACACGACAUGGGGCAGCCCCAAUUUGGGCCCAUUUGAAUCCAGUCCUCAAUGACAUUAGGGCAAGAGGUGUUAAGAAACUUCACUUUGUAUCUGACGGACCAACCAGUCAAUACAGAAAUAGAACAAAUUUCUGUCUACUGAGUAACAUUCCAUUCCAUCUUGGAUUCGAAUUUGUUUCAUGGAACUUCCUAGAGAGUGGUCAUGGCAAGGGUCCGGCAGAUGGUGUUGGGGCAACCAUUAAAAAUGCUGCAGAUCGUGCGGUAGCAUAUGGUAGGGAUGUAUCAGACCUGGAAAGCAUGCUCAAAGAGUUAGAUGGUAAUUUGAAUGUCAAGUUGUUUGUUGUCACUACAGAAGACAUGUCUGGUGUUGAGUCAAGUUUAGAUGGAAUUGAGAAUGAGAUCAAAUCUGUCAAAGGAACCCUUAAAAUACACCAAAUUCAUGUCGCAUCUCCUGGUUGCUUCAGACAUCGCACCCUGUCGUGUUACUGCAAGGGGUCUUGUGGUGUAUGUACCUGCCAUUCACCUGAACAAAUUGAGUUCCCAAUAAUUCCAAACAGCAGCCAGCAUAGCUCAACAGCAAUAGAAAAGAUAGAAGCCCAGCUUAGUAUGGUGCAGAAGAAUCUGUUUGAGAAGCGUUUGAUAGAAGAGUUUGAUGUUGUGGUUGAUGACCUUUCCACUUUGUCUCCAGAACAACAGCAGGAAUAUAUGCUGUGGAAGGUUUGGCGUAGUGAAAAGGGCAACAACCACUGCACUGAAGUACCUGAGAAUAUUGAGACAACAGUAGUGAGUGAAGAAAAAGAGCCCAGUCAUGCCAGUGAGUUAAGACUAGAAGAACAGAAUUUCUAUGCGGUCCUUUUCACACGGGGGCAAACCCGCAAUUUCUACAUUGGGAGGCUUAUUGACAUUUUGAUUGAUGAAGAAAAUGUCAAAAUCAAAUUCCUGGAGCGUGUUGGCAGUCGCACCCAGCAUACCUAUGACUGGCCAAGGAGAGAUGAUAUUUUGACAGUUGAAAAAAAGUUCAUAAUUGAUAAGGUAGUAUUUGAUGGCCCCCCACCUUUCACUCUUGACAGUGAAUUAGCCACUGCUCUAACAAAGAUGAUGCUAUCGAUGGGAAAAGAAGCUAUGUAA